UGACAAAUCGUCAAUGCCCAGGAAGCUUGAGCAGACACACUCGAUUGCUCCCACCCACACAAAAUUUACAGAAGUCAAAAGUUCCUUUUUCAUUUCACAGUUAAACAACAGGCCUUUGCCUAUUUCACUGUAUUUGAAAUGGCUGAAGGCCUCCGAGAGUGCCAGAGUUCUUCAGUGUGUGCUUUACAAUAAGAAACAGAGACUCUUUUUUGGGUGUUUUUCGUUGAGUGAGAGGAAAUUUUGAAACAUUGUGCAAUGGUGCCGCAAAGGUUUUGAAAGGUUGUGAGUGUUUUGCCAGCAAAGCGUCGGUCCAUUGGAGAAGAGGUCUCCAUGUUGCAUUCAUACAGAAUGGAGAACUAUCUCAUCCCACCUCCCUCAGAAGACAUGUAUGACCCAGAGAUCUACAGACAUCAAAUUGCGGAAUAUUACAAUCCAUAUGUCCUUGAUGCAGAUAUCCAGGCAGGCUGUGGCCAUUAUGCUGUCUCUCACGUUCUCCGUUUAGAUCACUGGGACUACCACACUCACCCGCACGUGCACACUGCAGAAUUUGAAAACCUCCAAGAAACAAACUUCACAGAGCUGCAGAGUGUGCAGGCCCUCCACCCGCCGGGCCUCAUACGACACGACGCCAUACGAUACGACGCGGAAAACCUGCUCGAUCCAAGUCUUGGGGUACAUCCACAUGUGUUACAGCCACCACCUGGUUUCUUCCCUCGGACUGUGUAUGCUCCGCACGUGUCCCAACGCAGCUCCGACGACGAAGACCACGGGGGACGAAGUCCCCCACUGGAGGUGUCGGAUGAGGAGUGUCUGAGAGAUCGAAUGCCUUAUGUCACACCAGGAGAGCUGGGAAACAAAAAGAAGAUCCGUUUGUACCAGUUCCUGUUGGAUCUUUUAAGGAAUGGCGAUAUGAAGGACAGUAUCUGGUGGGUGGACAGAGACAAGGGGACUUUCCAGUUUUCUUCCAAACACAAGGAGGCACUUGCACACCGCUGGGGAAUCCAGAAGGGCAACCGCAAAAAAAUGACCUAUCAGAAGAUGGCUCGUGCUUUGCGCAACUAUGGCAAAACUGGAGAGGUGAAAAAGAUUAAGAAGAAGCUAACAUACCAGUUCAGUGACGAGGUCCUGGGGAAGAGUCAUCUAGAGAGAAAAUCCUACAUGUAGGAAGGGAGGAUACUGAACAGUGUUGACCUUAGAGUUGUAGUUUCUGGUCUUAGAUGCUCAAUCAACCCUGAUGUUCUGAUGUUCGCACCAAUAUUGCAUUAUACUGGAUUCAAAAAAACAAGAUAAUGCAGCAUAAAAAUAUCGAACAAGACAAAAUAACUGUUGUAUAGCAAGAUAUAAUUGACAUCAGUUGGGGUUAUGUGUAGGAAAGUAGCAGUAUGGAAAUUAAGUCAGUAUAGAAUAUAAAAAUAUGUAACCUGUUUAUGGAGAUUUGUGCAUAGGUACUCUCCUGUCUGUAUCAAGUACCUCCUGUUUUGGCUCCCUCACAUUGAAAACCUGGACUUGUUUGAGCCCUGCCCACUACCAUGUGGUGGCAGCAAGCUGCUGUGCAGAGCAGCAGUUCCCUGGUGGCCAAAGCUGGAACUGCAAGUCAUGAGUUGCUAGGUGUCACAUGGACCUAGGAAUAUUCUCUACCAUACAAAGAAUAUCUAACAAAAGAAAAAAUAGAUUUAAAAAAAAUAAUUCAGUGUAUUACAUACAUUUAACUACUGUUUGGAUAUUACUCUCAUUAGCUCAUAGCCAGUUUAUUGGGCAGUUUGAGGCUAAAUAAUUGAAACCUCUCUGUGUCAUGCAAUUAAAUUCUACAGCAGCACAAACAACAGCCUCCAAAGGGACCAUAAAGUUGAACCAACACACAUUUAAAGAUAUUACAAAAUAUUGAAUUAUAACUUUCAUGAAGGAAGGAUUUAUUGCACGUAUUAGCCUGCAUUUGUUUUAGUUUAGUGUUUCUAAUAAUUUGCAUAUGACAUGUGCAAUCUGCAGAGUGAGGCACAAACGCAUGAGCCUUAUAGGCUGACAAACAGGAGGCAAGAGAAACUUUUUUAUAUAUAUAUAUAUAUAUAUAUAUAUAUAGAAUGUGCUGCAUGAGCAACAUUGCUUGAAAUGAAAAAAGGCCACACUUUUAAUUGCAUCUUCCAAUGAUCACAGAUUACAUUUGUAGAGCCAGACACUUCACUUGUAUUCUGUAUAUAUUUGAAAAGAUCCGUCAUUUUCUUUUCUUUGUGUGGUUAGUUUGAUUUUUGGAUGUUAAAGGAAACAUCUGUCGAAAGUUUGAAAUGUUUGCUCAUUUGCUACAUCGAGAUGAGAAGAUUGAGACCAUUCUUAUGGGUAAUAGCAAACACAAUCCGUCUACACAAGCUCAGUUAUACAAUCAUUAUCUCUCUUUUGUUUGAUUUGUACAAAAAACCUAAAUACAAAAUAAACUAACAGCAAUUCGUGGAGCUAUUUGAUGUAUGUGACUUCCUCGGGUCUUGUUGUCACUGUGAGGUUGCCAGUACAAUAGCAGAGACUUGACCUAACUUCAUAUUUAAUUUUAUAAUAAUUAUUAUAUAUAAUAAUUAUUGUGUAGACCUGACGUUGAAAUCAUUCUUCUAAUCUACUGUAUCUCUUUGCAUUUACGUGAUUAACUGUCAUGUCUGACUAUUCCUCUUGUGACUAUGACUGACAGUGAACAAUCAAAAGGAAAAUGGGGAAAGAGAGAGAUGGGUGUUGUUAGACUGAAGGUCACUGUUGUGUCCAGUAUGUCAUUUUACAUGUAGGUGUACACAUAUAUCUGUGCAUAAUCUAUUUGAAAAUGUGUCUUAAGCAUUUUCAACAUUAAAAUCCAUUUUUAAUUAUGUGUAACCACGACUUGUUUAUGGUUUUGCAAACGUCUCGAUGUUUCACUCUCUUUGUAUUGGACAUUCUUAAGUUCUCUUUUUAAUUAUGGGUAAUGCUACUGUUUGUAUAUAGAUAUUUUCAUUUCCAUUUCAUAUUUAAAACAGCAAAGAGACUCCAAUAGGUAAUUAAAUAGAGCAUUCACUGUGAUGAGGUUAGAUAAUAAUGCCAUUAACACAUGAUGAUGAAAUGGUUUGUACAAAUACAUGAAACUCUGUAUGUUGGAAUAAAGAAUUGCUUGUAAAAAAAUGAA